GAACAGCCUACAAUCCGAGCUCGAAAAUACGUCUCUUGUCAUAGCAUUCCUCUUCGACGACUUGCCCUUAACCUAGUCCAGACCUUACCUCCUCGACAUGUCCACCCAACCUCUGCUUCAACGGACCGCUCAAAAGCGGAUUGCCCUGCCCGUCCGUGUGGAACCGAAAGUGUUCUUUGCCAACGAGAGGACAUUCCUCUCCUGGCUCCACUUCGCCGUCGUCCUCGGAGGUCUCGCCGUCGGUCUCCUAAACUUUGGUGACAAGGUCGGAAAGAUCUCGGCUGCUAUGUACACGAUUAUCGCUAUGGGAGUGAUGAUCUACGCUCUGGUAAUCUACCAAUCCCGGGCGAGGGCUAUCAGGAAACGGACUGGAGCUCCUUAUGAUGAUCGGUUGGGACCCACUGUGCUGUGUCUCUGUCUGCUCGCUGCUAUCACCACAAACUUCAUCCUCAAGUUCGUCUACUCGGACUAGACGCAAGACUCGGCCGACUAUCACCUCCCUUGUUCGCGAACCUAACAGCACGAAAGCAAGAGGGUGGGAUCCCCACCACCAGCAUACUCCUCCGUCUCACCCGACCAUACACGUUUCCUGUCUUCUUUCCUUUGAUUACUGUUUCACCAUCGAUGAUACCAUGCCUUAUCAAUCAUCCAAAUGUCACAUCACCUGACGUACUCGAUCGAUCUCGAGCUUCUCCAUCGACUCGCGCGUGAUCAAACCUAGUGCGUCCCUUUGA